AUGUUUGUCCGUGUUGCACUUUGCUUUUUCAUUCUAAUUCUGCGACUGGAGCUGGGACACGCAAGGAACAACUAUGAGAUCAUUAUGAACAAUCUGAAGUGCCGCGCUGUGAAGCCAUCGGCUAUUACUGAGAUGACCUGCAUUCUCCAUCGCAAGAGAAUACCCAUAGUAGCCGGCCGAUUUAUUCUGAACGAAACCUUCCAUCAGUUCGAUAUACACUCGGAAUUCGAUCUGUUCAAGAAGGAUAAUACCCGCAUGAACGUGGCCGAGCUGAAGAUGGAUGGGUGCAAGUACUUGAGCUCCAUGUAUGAAAACAAUAUCUUGGGCAAGCUCUUCAGGCGUUUCAGGAAGGCUACCAAUCUCCCCUCAGGAUGUCCAAUACUUAAGGGAAAACUGUACGAGAUACGCAACUAUACAUUCAGAUCGGACGAGUACCCGCCCAACGUGCCACAGGCCAAGUGGCAAGUGAGGACGAGGUUGCUGAGGCGAGAGGAGGUGUUUGUGGAAAUAUUAUUGGAGGGCGAGCUGGUCUAUAAUACGUGAUGUUACUGCAUAAUGGAUGCGACUAAAUACAUAUGCGAUAUAACCGCCAUAACCCAC